AUGGCCAGGAGCAGGUUCGUCAGCCUGCAGACGCUCAUCGAUCAGGGCAUCCUGAGCCCUGGGCGCCAGAAGCUAAGCUGCUCGGUGGCCGGCCGGGGCUACGAGGCCGAUUUGGGAGACAACGGCGACAUUCUAUUUGAAGGCUGCACGUUCACCAGUCCCAGCGCGUUCUCCCUUUACGUGAAGCGGAAGGCGAACCCUGUGAAGAGAUCCGAUGACGGCUGGUCGAGCGUGACGUACGAGGGGCAGCUCCUGUGCGUGUUCCGCCAGGCAUAUGCCAAGAAGGAUGGGGCGGAGGAGCUGGAGAAGAGAAAAAACAAACGGACAAAGAGGAACGGCGUUCGCAAGAGAUCUGCGUCAGUUGCAGAUGCCAGCUGGAUGUUCACCACGACAGCAACACACUCAUCGGUGUCCUAUUCCAACGAUCUGGAGUUGUGCUCGCCAUCGUCUCCUGUCCUGUCACAGCCUUCUCGCAAUCCAGUUGACAGGAGCAGCGACAACACAGCCAGUGGGCGAUUGGGCGUUCGCGGCCUUCUGCCAUUUGCCACUCUGAACCUUCCUCCAAUGGAGCCCACACACAGGUGGCUGGAGUGCCAGUCAUGUGGGAAGUGGCGCAGGAUACCUCUCCAUGAUCUGAAGCCGGAGGACAAAUCACAGUUUGUCUGUGAAAAGAACAAUGACCUUCGGUUCCAGUCGUGCCUCGCAGCCCAGGAGUUCCCAGACGCUGUGAUUGCCCAGCUACUGUACCAUGAGGCCGUUCAGGUGUUCAUGUCCAACACAUCACGGCCGCCCAUGUCGGUGUGCCAGGCCCAGGAAUUCUACGAUGACCUUGCUGACUUUCUGCAACACGUCCUCAGACAAGAUGAAAGGGCGCAGCAAGUGCGAGAAAGGUCGAUCCCCCUGGACCUCUUCACACUGUACAAAGCCGUCGUUGAGUGCGGCGGCAUGGCCAGCCACCAGGCCAAGGAUCGCCACGGCUGGGUGUUGCUUCGACAGCUGGCCAAGGGGGGCCCCCUGCAGCUGACCGUGCCUACGACCUGCACCGCCAGGGUUUAUCACCAGUACUUGGUGGCAUACGAGCG